GAGCUGACAGAGCAGGACAGGUAAUACUCACCAACGGACGCAGAGCAAGGAGGAUCUAGAGCUGACACUGACACAGGAAGCUAUUACUCAGCCUCUGAACAUACACCUAUAAGUCCAGCUGUACACUUUACACAUUCUCUACUGGGAUCUCAGAAGACUUGGACUCCAGAAAAGAAAAUGCAUUGUCAAGUCCAAAGUGAGUGAGGAGUUCCCUGACCACAGAGAGGAUCAGUUGAUGCCUUCAUCAUCCAACAGGUAAUCUACACCACAGACCACGAAGAAGAAAGAAAAGACAGGAGAGUCCAAACGACACUGAACAAAGGGAGAGGGAUAAAGAUGGAUCAGCCAGCGCAGAUAUGGCACACACAGAUCACCCCCCAGGAAGUGGCAGGAGAGCCGCAGCAGAGGGUGUCGGUGGUGGACCAGCCGGAGUGCUCCAUCUGCUACAACACCUACGACAAUGUCUUCAAAACACCAAAGGUGCUGGAGUGCACCCACACCUUCUGCCUAGAGUGCCUCUCCCGCCUCAUGGCAGUGUCCAAGGAGGGCAGUAAAGAAAGAAGCCCACACCUGUCCUGCCCCUUCUGCCGUCAACCCACUGUGUUGCCGGAGGACGGACCCCCGGCCCUGGCCACCAGCCAGGAGGUCCUGUGCAAGCUGCCCACUCAUCAGCAGCAGGAGCAGCCGGUGUGGAUUGAUGGGCAGAAGCUGUGCUACAAAAGCUUCGGUCAGGACGGAGGCCUGGGCACGCCUGACACUCCCACGGCCUUCUGCAUCUGCAUUGACAUUGGGGCCAGCAAGAUAUCGCAGACUGCAGCUCAGCCUAGGCGUCGGACUUUGGGCAUAUUCAGAAUGGCUGACUGGAAGAGGAUGGUCCUCUUCAUUUUGCUCUUAGUGAUGCUUGCUGUGGUUGUGCUGUUCCCCCUGCAGUGUGUGUUCACCCAUGGGAACAUCCGCUGUUUAAGACGCGUGCCCCCCAGCAUCCCCACCACUACUACUCUUGCCUUCACAUCAGCACCUCUUUCAGAUUAAACUUCUAGAUACACUGUUUAUAUAAUUAUAUAUAACAUGUUAGUAAUGUCUUUAACAUGUAACAUUGUAAAUAUUGUGCGCUUGGUUAUUGCUGCACACAACUGUCAAAACCUCACGUUUUUAAAUUGCAGAACUACAAAGUUGAAGCUGUAAGAACAGACUUUUAUAGACUGCUGACUUAAGUGCCUCCUGGUAAAAAGACACGAUGGAGUGAGUGACGGGAAAGGACAAUGACUGCUCUAAAGUCAAUUGGAUUAUUGCUUUAGUUUGAUUUUUAAAAGCAUUAUCAGAUCAAAUUUCUACACAUUGUUAUGGCAACAAGAGAACUGACAGUACCUGCAUCUGUUCACACUGGACAUAAACACCUUCAUAGAUGCCAAUGUUCUGCACUUUAAUACAUGUAUAUUAUAAUUAGAUUAUAGUUGACAAGCCGGGACAGAAAUGGAAAGUUUUUUUUUAUUUUAGGUUUGCUUACUCAAUCUAUGCCAAGCUUAAAGCUAUGGCCUUAAUCUAGAAAUCUGAACUUUGUUUAGCAAUUAUCCAGCUGGCUGUGAUGAUCCAUCAUGACAAAGAAUUGAUGUAAUCCAUGUGUGCAAACUAAAAACUUUAUAUAAAUGUACAUUUCAUUGUGUUUUGACAUGUAAAGUUUGAUUUUUUUUUUACAGAACUGUAAUAAAGAAUGUUAACUCUGA